AUGGACAAAGAUGUCCCUAUCGAUAAUGAAGUCGCGUCCGACGACGAUCAUGGAUCCAACAUUAUAGAUGUUGAUGAGUCUACUGUGGAAGAACCAAAGCCGAAGUCGACAUCCUCAGGCUCCACAGCGGGGAAGCGAGUCUUGACUUCUACGCAACCUGAACUUACGAUCAAAACUCCAAAUGCACAAUUCUUUGGUGCGAUGCCCCGGUCUGACGAUGAUGCGCCGCAAUCUGUCAUUCAUGCGCCACCAGGAUUUAGCGACUUUGUAGGGAAAACGGGCUCAAAUCAUCGUCAGAACGAUGGACAGUCAACUUCUGUCACCGGCGAUGCGAAUAUAAAAGAAACGAUUGUGAACAAUGACCGAGAGACGGACAAGAAAUCCGUCAAUAGCCCAGCAUCCCCACCUCCAAUAACCACAGCUAUACCUCCAGUGAAAGACUGGUCGGACAGAGCAACACCUCGUGCGCAGACUCGACAGGAGAUUGAAGAUUUCGACCGGCGCCAUUCUAGCAGUCUUGAGGAUAUCCCCGAGGCCAAUGAUGCUGAUCCACCAGUAGCAUCGGGGGCAUCCAACUCGCCAGUAGCAAUGAUCACGGCUAAUGCAGAUCCGACACCUAGAAAGAGAUAUUCAUUUCCCAACACGACCGUUCACACCCCGAAAGAUGAGACUGCCGCUCUGUGGACGGCACUGGACGAGUGCUGGACUUUUUGCAACACACUUGCAAACCUGAGUUCCAAUCAUCGUGAACGACUAUUCAAUUCAACCAGCAAAGGGGACAUGCAAGAACUAGCAUGGAAAUCAUGCUGGAAACUAUGUCGAAGAUUAUACGAAGGUCGAGCAGAUGACUAUGCAUCUCAAGUCGACCCUACACUGGACUUGUGCCGGGAUUUCUGUCAGGCCUUAUUUGAAGUCCGCGCCAGAGAGAACGAAGACGCUGACUCUGUAUUGCGAGUCAGCUUCGAGCUCAACAAUCAUCUUUAUAAUGCCAGCGAUCAUAAUUUGCCGCCGAUGUUUCGAGAGCGCACGCUUGACUUUUAUAUCACGCUGUGUCAUCGCCUCAUGAAACAGCGGAUGCAUCUGGAGGAAGAGACGGAUUCGUUACUACAUGCUUGUUGGUCGCUAGCUGAGAUGCUUUUUAGCAUCCGUCAAAGCAAACGGCAGGGCAAGAGCCCUGAUGAAGAAUUAUUAGGAUCUGCAAUUCAAGCUUGCUGGGAGCUCUGCGAUCUCUUCCGUGAGGGAUGGACGCAAAUCCGACCAGACCGAGGAACACCUAGACCUAGCCAAAUUAGCUUUACCGAGGCCUUGCAGAAGGCCAAGGAAUCACCCGUGAUGAUCGUGGAUGAGGAUACGGCUUCACAGCUGAAUCCCGAGACGCCGACAACGAUCUUUGAGGACACGGCUACGAUUUCACCGGACGAUGCACCGAUCCCUAACAUCCUUGUGCUUGGACAUGCACAGGCGGCUCAAGCCAGUCAAAAUAAAUGGUCUUCCGGGUCGUCGACGUUGUCGGGACGAUCGCGUACAUCUGAACAUACAUCUUCAACCAACACUGUGGUGACAUCGGCCGAAGAUCCGAACAUUAUCCGGCUGAAGCUUUUAAUAACCAAGGCAGCCAUGGACACGGGAUAUCAACGAGGCGGUAAUCAGACACUGUCUUCAUUUAGCAAAUCCCUCUCGUCGGAUUCGUUUGGAACAUUGCCAUGGCAAGUCUCGCUGCUUGAACAGUAUAAGAAACUAGUCACCACCGAUCCGGCAUUUAGGGUAGUUGGAGCUCCCGGCAUGGCAGGAGCCGUGGAUGUGGCAAGAGCGGUGCAAUCGAUGGUGCAGAACGGGCAAUAUACAUGGCUACGAGAUUUGUACAGACUUGUAUUUGGAUUCCACGUGGAAGAGGCCGUUGGACGACGUAAUGUGACUAUACAGGCAUGAUGAUAUACGUGUCGAUAUUUCCUUGAUUAGAUUCGUGGCGAGAACAAGUCUUUGUUUUCUUUGUCUUGAUACCUUUCCUUGUAUAUAGGUGAUGAAUCUAUCCGAUUAUCAAAACUUUGCCGAG